CUGUUGAUUACCACAUACCUUCUCUCUGUCUCCGUCUCUGUCUCUCUGUCUCUCUCUCUCUCUCUCUCUGUAAACCACCAUGCUCUUCCUCACUCAUCUCCUAGCAGUUCUAGGGGUUGUGUUGCUCCUGCUAAUUCUAUGGAGGGCAAGAUCUUCUCCGAACAAACCCAAAGGUACUGCCUUACCCCCGGAGCUGCCGGGCGCAUGGCCGAUCAUAGGCCACAUCCACUUGCUGGGCGGCGAGACCCCGCUGGCCAGGACCCUGGCCGCCAUGGCGGACAAGCAGGGCCCGAUGUUUCGGAUCCGUCUCGGAGUCCACCCGGCGACCAUCAUAAGCAGCCGUGAGGCGGUCCGGGAGUGCUUCACCACCCACGACAAGGACCUCGCUUCUCGCCCCAAAUCCAAGGCGGGAAUCCACUUGGGCUACGGGUAUGCCGGUUUUGGCUUCGUAGAAUACGGGGACUUUUGGCGCGAGAUGAGGAAGAUCACCAUGCUCGAGCUCCUAAGUACUCGAAGGCUCGACAACCUAAAGCACGUUCAAGCAUCAGAAAUCGACACCUUCGUCAAGGACCUGCACGCCCUUUGCAGGACCAACUCCAUCGACGCCCAAAACGGGUCCUCCAAGGUGGUGGUCAUAAGCCAAUUGCUCGAGCUCCUGACCUUGAACAUCAUAAUCAGAAUGAUCGCGAGCAAGAGAUACUUCGGACUGUCGUCGGCGUCGACCGGGUCCUCCGCCGACGACGAUGAGGAGGCGAGUCACCUGAGGAGGGUGAUCAAGGAAUUCAUGUACAUCUCCGGGUUCCCCGCGGUCUCAGACCUGGUGCCCUUCACGGGAUGGACCGACUGCGUGGGGACCGUGAAGACCAUGAAGAGGGUGGCGAGAGAGCUGGAUGAGAUCGUCGGGAAAUGGGUUGAAGAGCACAAGCUGAAGAGAGAAGGUGAUCAGAGAGGGGAAGUGAUCGGUGAUGUGAAGGAGGAUUUCAUAGACGUGAUGCUGUCCGUGAUCGGGGAGGAUGGUUUAGCCCAGUUUGGUCACUCUCCUGAGACACUCAUCAAGGCAACAAUAGUGAAUAUUAUAGUGGCCGGAUCGGACUCAACGUCUUUGAACUUGACAUGGGUCCUGUCUCUACUGCUCAAUCACAAACACGUCUUGAAGAGAGCUCAAGAAGAGAUAGACCUCAAAGUGGGCAAGGAUAGAUGGGUACAAGACUCUGACAUUGAGAACUUGCUUUACCUCCAAGCCAUCGUCAAGGAAACCCUACGCCUAUAUCCGCCAGGUCCCCUUUUGGUCCCCCAUGAAGCGAGAGCAGAUUGCAAUGUGAGAGGCUAUCUCAUCCCGAAAGGUACUCGGAUAUUCGUCAACGCGUGGAAGCUGCACAGAGACCCUCAAGUCUGGUCCGAACCGGAAAAAUUCUUACCCGAACGGUUUUUGACAAAUCAUUCAGGUGUGGAUGCUUCAGGUCAGCAUUUCGAAUUCAUUCCGUUUGGAUCAGGUAGAAGAAUAUGCCCGGGAGCUGCGUUCGCAUUGCGAGCGACCCACUUGACGUUGGCACGUCUUCUUCAAGGAUUCGACUUGGCAACAUUGUUGGACGAACUAGUGGACAUGACCGAAGGCUUAGGGGUCAACCUGCCCAAGGCCACUCCUCUUCGAGUUGUCCUCAACCCGAGGUUGCCUUCUGUGCUCUAUGAGAAAUUGACGGCGAAUUAGAAACUACUUUCGUUGGGAAGAGCAAAAAGGGUCCAUGUAUGUGAAUAAUCUCGCAUGACAAAAUAGUUACUUGAGUAGAUAGUAUGGAUUAGAUGAGUAUUAAACAACAAUCUUCUUAAUGUAGAUGCACUGAUUGUUGAAAUAGUUUGUUAUCAUAAAAGAGAUGUCUCUUGAUUAAGAAAAUAUGCGACUCUUGAUUAAGAGAAGAAAUGACUUUUGAUCAAAGAAUAUGUGACUCUUGCUUAUGAAAAGAAGUGACUCUUCGUCCUAAAA